AAGAUGCAAUUGGCUGACGUGUUCGUCAAUCAAAUAAAAAGAGCGUACCGGUUGUCAAGGAUACCGGAAGACCAGAUAGCCGGCUGUUUAGAAGGGUGACGUCAUCAUUCAUUGAUACACUGUUAUCAGGCAAUAAUGACUUCCUCGACUCCAAUUGAGCUUGAUAAGGAGUUUAUUAUAUCAGCAAUAGAGGAGAGAGGAGGCGAAAUUAAAUACCUGGACCUAGUAAAUAUUUUUAAGAAGGUUUUAUAUCAAGCAGACCAUCAGGAAAGAGAGCUUCAAAGGAAACGGUUUAAGGAUCUACUCACUUGUGCUGCCCGACUGGUGGAAGUGGAGGGCGAGCCACGCGUGAUCCUGAGGCCACCCUCCCACGGUAACCUCACCAGGGGCCAGGGAUGCGAUCCGGAGGCUUUCAUCAGCCUUGAUUUCCCAGACGAGGACGGAGAGCUCCCGGCUCUGUGGGACCCUGGGUCUCCGGACCCAGCAGGCCAAAGCGGAGGAGAAAAGCAGGAAGGAGAUGAAAAAGAUGACAGAAGCAGCUGCAUUCCAGAAGUAGUGAUCACACAGGCAGAUGAGGGGAAGUGGGAGGAGAUUGCAGCACUGGGAAAGCCCCGAGCCGGUGAGGCAGUGCGGUGUCCGGACGAUCCCGGGUGGAAGAGCCCCUCGGAUGGACAGGAUCUCCACAGUGACCUGCAGUCCUUGAGGAGUGAGAGUGGCUCUCUGGCCAGUGACGUGGCGGCCUCUGGAUCGGCCAAGAGUGAUGUUGAUCAGGAUUGCUUGGAUGAUGAUUUAAGGAGCAUCACGACAUCUUCAGUGACGUCGCUGUUCCCCCGGCUGCAGCUGGACCCUCUGGAACGGGUCUGGAUCCACCAUGCCUCGCUGGGGGACACGGUCGCCCUCAGUCAGCUGCUCAGGCAGGACCCGAGCCUCGCGUCCAAAAAGUUUACGGGGCUUCACUGGGCAGCCAAGCUCGGCCGGAAGGAGAUGGUGGAGAUGAUGGCAGCAGCGGGCGCCGACGUCAACGCCAGAUCGGUCAGUGAGGACGGGUCUCGCAGCCGCUCCCCGUGGGCUGUGCUACACUGACACUUGCGCUACUUCUGCACAAGCAUGCGCUGGAGCAGCACGGAGACGCGCCUGCUCUGUCCUGGGCCAGAGGACAGGCGGGAGUUCCUGUUUCAGCGUGGUGCAGCGCAGAGAUCAGAGAUUCUCUCUGCUAGUUCGGGCACCUAGCUAGGGAACAGGACACUGAUAUCCGCAGCAUUAUCAACCAUGCCCAGGCUUUCCUGCACUGUCUUUCAACAGGUGGAACAGGGACAUGAAUUAUUCCUUAUUCUGCAUAUUAGCGUGUUCAUUCAAAAGCCUUUUAAACUUGAUAGCUUUCUGUGUGAUAUUACUUCAAAUGGGGGACCUGAAGAUCUAACUGCAGCAGUAAGGGCCCAGGCCAGCAGGAAAGACAUUUAUUUUACCAUCACAUAAACAAAGCAAAUACAAGUUUCUCUUGUUCACUUGUUUCAGAAGGACCACACUUCCAGGUUAGGUUGUAUGUUAGGAGCAUGCUGUCGCAAUUAGUUAUGGGUGUGAAUAUUAACUAGCUCUCAUCGUUACUCCACCUUAGACAGAGAUUCCUUCAAAAAUAUAUAGAUUAGCUAUGUCAUGCUGUUGAUAAGGGCAAACUACGGCUCUAUAUACUCAGCAAGACAGAAUGAAAACUCGUAAAUAAAAUAAAAUAGUUUGCCUCCUGUGGUGUUGUGAUUGGACAAGAGGAAUUUUCAUACCCAUAAUUCAUUAUAAGAACAGCUACAGAUGAGAGGAGGCCGUUAAGCCCAUGUAACCUCUUUGGUAGCAGUUAAUUGAUCCAAGGAUCUCAUCUAGCUGUUUCUUGAAGGAAGCCAGGGCAGCAGCCUCAGCAGCUUGGCUGGUAAACUUGCUCCACACUCCCAACACUUUGGGUAAAGAAGUGCCUCCUGUUCUUGGUUUUAAAUGCACUUUCACGUAGUUUCCUUUUGUGUCCUCUGGUCCAUGUAUCAUCGUUGAUUCAGAGGAAGUCCACUGGGUUGACCUUGUCAGUGUUUAUAAAUACUUAUGUCCCUUCCAUAUUCUUCUCUUUUCCAAGAACUGAACACUUGUAGUGUUGGACAAUCCCUUAAGCCCUGAAAUGUGUCUGGCUGCGGUUCUACGGACUACUUCAGGAACAUCAAUACCUCCUAUUUAUAUAUAUAUAAAAUUGUAUUUAUAUUAUUG